AUGGUAGGAGCAUUAUAUUUUAUGAAUGAGAAAAGUUGGCAUAUGUCGGGACGGAGUAUGGGGGUCAGUAAUGAUGAUGAAAUGAAGGAAUAUGUGAGAUGUGCCAUUGUCAAUAUGUAUAUGGAAAUACUGAAGGAAUCAUCAUGUGGUGGAGAAUGGGGUUUAUGGUAUGCCUGGUACACCAUGAAACAGAUGGAAAAAGGGCUACAGGGUGGUUUAAUAACCAAAGGUAAAUGUGGGCAUGCAGUGUUUCAAAACAUACAAACAAAGGAAUUCGACAUGGCACACAAGAUUCAGGCAUGGUUAAAGAAAAACAAAGGCGUGACUGACAAAAUUGCACGGCCCGAAAUACAAAGCAUAUGUAACAAAAAAUUAGAAGAACUUGGGGCGGCCACAGCGGGUACACAUGCCAUGGAUGAAAAAAUACAACUGCAGCCACAGGAGAAAACACUGAUACAGACACUAGGCCAAGAACUGAAGACCAUAGUUGAGCAGGUAAAGACAGAGGUACUGCAAUGGGCGCGGGAACAUGGAGCAUCCAUAGACCCAAGCGAAGAGGACCCCAGUAGAGGUCCUGCGAAUGAUGAUACUGUGGCAAAAGCACCAAACUCUGUAAAGAGCGAUAAACCAGCAGAAUCCGGCAAAGUACACGGCACAGAAUCCCAAAAACCCGCAGCUACUGAGCCGGCUGGAGCAUCACCGGGACAGGCAGGUAAGGACCGAUGGGGAGAAAGCACCAACACGGCCACAUACAGAUAA